GAACACCGGUCCGAUGGCGAGAAUAGCAGCGAGGCCGACUUGGCUUUGAAUGUGGUGCCUUCGGAGAAGAGUGGCCGAGACAUCAAUCGCACAAGGCGGAAGCAUCAAGCACACGAGGAAACCCUCGCAAAGGACGAGGGCAACUCCUUCGGCAGUGACGAGGAGCAGGAAGAAGCGCGGUUGCUCGAAGAGGCGAGCGGGGCCAAGAGCCACGCUCAACAUCACGCGCAGGAGGACCAUGCGAAGAUGAGUAGAAAGGACGCAGCCACCAAUCUCGUGACUUGUAUGGUGGGUGCGAGCGUGCUGAGCCUACCUCGCAUGGUGGCGAACAAUGGUUGGGUGCUUGGUCCAGCGAUGGUUGUCUUGGCCGGGGCGGUGUCCUACCACGCUUGCAUGCUUGUGGACCGCGCACUCGAGGCCAUAGCUGUCGCGCACGGCACUCAUCCCAGAAAUAUCGGCGACGUCGUCCAGGAGUGCUUCGGCCAGAGUGGUAGACGUGUAGUUCUCAUUCUGACGGGCGUCUUUCAAAUCAGCAAGUGUGGUGUGUACUUCGUCGUUAUUGGGACCAACCUCAACUACAUCGCUGGCUGGGUCUCGCAGCGUGUUUGGGCAGUAACAGGUGCGGUUCUGUGCAUGCGAUUAAUCUUCGUUCGGGACAUCACGGUAAUUUCUAGAUGGUCUGUCAUUGGUGUGGUGGCAUCCAUAUGCUACCUUUUCACAAUCACUGCCGGAGGCUUUCACGCUGCAGGGCGUCCUGGUGAGCACGGCUCAGCAAGAUGGCCCGACAGCUACAGCGACAUUUUGGCGGAUUUUGCCGUCAUGGUUUACGCAUAUUCUCCAGCAGACGUGCUGCCAGUCAUGAAGCACGACAUGAAGGAGCCGCAGCAGUUGCGCUGGGCUUUGCGAAUAUCCUUUCUCGCCGUCACCGUCAUCUAUGUCGGGCUGGGCUGUGUGGCUUUCCUGGGUUGGGGCGAAGAUGUUGCCGGCAACAUUCUGCUUUCCAUGUGUGAGCGCCCCGGCUGCCCUGGGAGUGUCCCGGAGACCGAGACCCCGGGGCAGAAGUGGAUGCUUGGAUACCUUCUGGCUUGCGCUGUGGUCUCCAACCUCAUGGUUACGGCUCCGGUGGUGCUGUACUGCGUCUUUCGAGUUCUCGAAGCCGAGCACUCCCAUUUGCUGUCCAAUGCCGUCGUGAAUGGGAGUCUACGCGUGGUGGCCGUGAUGGGUGCUCUCAUGGUGGCCUUGUUCAUGCCAUACUUCACAGAAGUUCUGGCCGUGAUCUCCACUGGUUUGUUAACGAUUCUGCAGGUCUUCGUGCCCGUGGCUGUGACCUUCGGCCUCAGUCGCCAGGGCGCCGUGGCCUUCGGUCCGGCAGAGUGUUUGCUGGGUCUCCUGGGUUUCG